UGGAUAAUCUGACAUCUGAUCAUCUACAUUAGAUUAGGGUUUUAAUUUUUUUAGGGUUUAUGCCUCUGCGUUUCCAAAAUCCAGCCAUGGAGGUCGCAAACCAGACGGAUAACUCUACCCUGAAGAAGAACAAAAAGAGAAAACAAUCGUUAGAAAGCCAGUUUCGGUUCCAGCUCGACACUUGUUCGAAGAAUAAGGACCUCUCUGGUGCUCUUUCACUGUACCAGAAAGCAAUCUCGGAGAAUUUCCAUCUCAAUGCGUACCAUUUCAACACGCUCCUUUACCUUUGCUCGAAUUGUCUCAGCGAUCCGUCGUCUUCGUUGGAACCAAUGCCAGAUUCAUCAGAAGCCUCUGCGUUGGAAUACGGGUUUCGGAUCUUUGAUCACAUGCUGGCCAGCAAUAUCAAUCCAACAGAAGCAACGAUUACGGCUGUGGCGAGGCUCGCUGCUGCUAGAGGGGACUAUGAUUACGCUUUCGAGUUGGUGAAGACAAUGGAAAAAUACAAAAUUUCUCCAAGGCUGAGGUCGUAUGAUCCUGCAUUGUUUGCUUACUGUCAACGGUCAGACGCCGAGAAGGCGUAUUCGGUAGAGGAACAUAUGAUUUCAAUGGGAAUAAAUCCAGAACAACCGGAAUUGGCUGCACUAUUGAAGGUGAGCGUUGAAGCUGGUAAGGAAGAGAAGGUUUAUUCUUAUUUGCAUAAAUUGAGAAGCUGUGUGAGAUUCGUUAAUGCAUCGACUGCGGAGAUAAUAAAGCGAUGGUUUUCUAGUACAUUGGCUUCUGAGGUUGGUGCUGUGAAUUGGGAUGUGGGUCGCGUUAAAGAGGUGACGUCAAAGAACGGUGGAGGUUGGCAUGGACAGGGAUGGUUGGGUAAGGGGAAUUGGGUUGUCUGUAGAUCAAAUAUUGGCUCAGAGGGAUGUUGUCGCUCUUGUAGCGGGCAACUGGCUUGUGUAGAUAUUGAUCAGUCGGAGACUGAGAAGUUUGCAGAAUCAGUAGCUUCAUUAGCAAUGGAAAGGGAAACAAAGUCAAACUUCAGAGGUUUUCAGGAGUGGCUUGAGAAACAUGCUACAUAUGAAGCUAUAGUGGAUGGAGCAAAUGUUGGACUUUAUCAACAAAACUUUGCAGAUGGUGGAUUUAGCCUUCCUCAGCUUGAUGCUGUUGUGAAAGACUUGUAUGAAAGAAGCCAACAGAAAUGGCCACUUGUUAUCCUACACAACAAACGUUAUCGGGUCCUUGCAGAAAAUCCAUUGAAUAAGAAGCUGCUUGAUGAGUGGAAAGCUCAUGAUGCAUUGUACACAACGCCACAUGGUUCUAAUGACGAUUGGUAUUGGCUCUAUGCAGCUGUAAAACUCAAAUGUUUGCUUGUGACAAAUGAUGAAAUGCGAGAUCAUAUUUUUGAACUUUUAGGAAGCAACUUCUUUCUCAAGUGGAAAGAGCGACAUCAAGUUCGAUAUACAUUUGUGAAAUGUAAUCCAAGACUUCAAAUGCCACCUUCUUACUCUUUAGUCAUGCAGGAAUCUGAAGAAGGAUCAUGGCAUGUGCCUAUUGAAGGUGAAAAAGGCGAAUGCAGCGAUGAAUCAUCAAGGACUUGGCUUUGCAUCACUAGGUUUAGAUCUUGUGAAUGCUCUGAUGGAGGAUUGACAAACUCGGUGGUUCCUAAAAUUUAUCAGACCCAAGACUCUAACGACCAGCAGAAUUUCAAGUUGUGUGAAUUAAAAAAUAUUAUAACUGUGAAUGGUUUACAAAGUGAUCCAACACAAUUCCAGCUUUCUGAUAACAAAAUGACGGCCAUUACAGGUAAACGAAAAGAAAGAUCCCCAUCUCCAGAGAAAAAUCCUAACCUCACUAGAUGAGAUUAUAAACCUUUCCUCUGCAUAUUUUGUUGUGCCUAUUUAUUUGCCUUCCGUGACUUGUGGUUGCCCAUCAAGAUAAAAGAAAAAUUGAUUAUUUUAACU